ACCUGUUGCUUACUCAGCCACAGUAAUCACGUGAUAUGUUUGUAUUAUUUGUUCAUGUUUUAAACAUGAACGCGUUGCUGAAAUUGACCUCGUUGUGAUCUGCAACCUUUGAGCCGUGCAAAUGUUGCUUUGCCGACCGUCCCCGUCGAAAUGCACAUCCUUAACAUUCGUGAUUAAACGCAAUAUAUCGCGAGCUGCUUCAAAACACCAUGUCCGCAUGCGCGCCCUUGUCUCUUUAUACCACCAGUGCGACACCUUUGUAACUCCCGAAAACCUCUCUCAGAAAAUAGACGAAGCCUUUGUUCGAACAAAGGAUCUCAACUUCAACACCAACAUCGAAAAACGCAGUUUUGCAGAGCUGAAGAGGCUAGUUGCCGAAAGAGAAGAGGAGCCACGUCAUUUCUUCGGAAAGAGCAUCAGGUCUUCCAUCGGACUAGAUGCAUCAUUGGCAUCUUCAAGUCCCAAUAGUGCCCAACAGAGAAUGGCGAAGGCGAUGGAGGCGCUCGUGAGUGUGAGCCAAGAUGGAAAGCCGUCGUGGACUGCAGUCCAGGAGAAUGCACCGAAAAUAGACAAACAAUUACAGGAAGACCAACGGCAGGGCGUUUAGCUAGGUAA